AAAUAAAAAUCUAGGAUGAUCUAUAGAAAAUAAUCGAUAUGAUAAAUUUUUACUUGUCUAAAUUGUUCCAUUGCAUCCCUAAAUUGACAGUUUUUUUUUUUAUUCUUUUCUGUAACGACUAUGUGGUUUCUUGAAAUUUCUUAAUAAUUUAAAAAAAUAUUUCAGUUGUUAUAGCAAGCCGUGAUACUCAAAAAUAUACAAAAUAAUGGCUUUACCUAUCGUCUCUAUCACUAGACGAGAAACGUUUAGUUCCUGUCACAGACUGCACAGUCCGUUUUUAAGUGACGAAGAAAACAAGAAGUUGUAUGGAAAAUGCAACAAUCCAAACGGUCAUGGACACAACUAUGUUGGUAUGGUUUUCGUGUUUUUUCAGAUUCUUUGUAUUUUGUACCCGUACAAAAUACCUAAAUAGAAGUACCCACAAUAAAAAAUAUAUAAAUAAUAUGGGCUUUUAUACAUAUUUUGUUGCAGUGUUGGUAACAGUCAAAGGUCCUGUAGAUCAGCAUACUGGGAUGGUAAUGAAUGUCCAUGAUUUGAAACAAUACAUGCAAUCCGCUAUCAUGGACCCCUUAGACCACAAGAAUUUAGAUCAAGAUGUCCCUUAUUUUAAAACAGUGGUUAGUACAACAGAAAAUUUGGCUAUAUUUAUAUGGGAUCAACUCCAAAAAGUUAUGGAGAAACCUAAUUUGCUACAUGAGGUGCAGAUACUGGAAACGGAAAAGAACCAUGUUGUGUAUCGCGGUGGCACCACCUACCCUAGGAAGAAGUUUGAUAGCUCCAACCUACACCAUAACCACCAUAAUGUCUCCUCUGAUUCAGACUGACUUGCUAAUUGUGAAGCAUAAAAACUCAUUUAUUUUUAUAUGACAUUUAAAACUUAUUUAAUUAAUGUUUUGAUUUUAUCUUAGUUCAUAAGUAAUGUACCUAUAUCGCAUUUGUUCAAAAUAUAUCAUUCCAUGUUUACAUUUAU